AUGUUGAGAUCAGUUCUCAGAAGAAGCUCUACCGCUUCAGCAUCUUCCCUACUUCGACGUGGAUACUCAUCGGAAUCCCAUCCCGAAAGGAAGGUCGCCGUAUUGGGUGCCGCCGGAGGGAUCGGUCAGCCAUUGGCCCUACUCAUGAAGCUCAACCCUCUUGUCUCUAAUCUCGCCCUCUACGAUAUUGCCGGCACACCUGGUGUCGCCACUGAUGUCAGCCACGUCAACACCAGAUCUGAGGUUGCUGGGUACAUGGGCGAAGAACAGCUGGGGCAAGCUCUAGAAGGAUCUGAUGUUGUCAUCAUUCCAGCUGGUGUGCCAAGAAAGCCUGGUAUGACUCGUGAUGAUCUCUUCAACAUCAAUGCCGGCAUUGUUAAAUCACUUUGCACUGCAAUUGCCAAGUAUUGCCCGAAUGCACUUGUUAAUAUGAUAAGCAACCCUGUUAACUCUACAGUCCCCAUUGCUGCUGAGGUCUUCAAGAAAGCAGGGACAUAUGAUGAAAAGAAACUGUUUGGUGUGACCACUCUUGAUGUGGUUAGGGCUAAAACAUUCUUUGCCGGAAAGGCAAAGGUCAGCGUUGCGGAUGUCAAUAUACCUGUUGUCGGUGGACAUGCUGGCAUAACCAUUCUCCCAUUGUUUUCACAAGCCACACCAAAAGCCAAUUUUUCAGACGAAGACAUUCAGGCUCUCACAAAACGAACACAAGAUGGUGGGACGGAGGUUGUGGAAGCAAAGGCUGGAAAGGGUUCAGCUACACUUUCAAUGGCUUAUGCUGGAGCCAUAUUUGCUGAUGCUUGCUUGAAAGGACUUAAUGGGGUUCCAGAUGUCAUAGAAUGUUCAUUUGUGCAGUCAAGCAUCACUGAACUAUCUUUCUUUGCAUCUAAGGUGAAGCUUGGAAAGAAUGGUGUGGAGGAAGUGCUAGGAUUGGGCCCACUUUCAGACUAUGAAAAACAAGGAUUGGAAGCUCUCAUGCCCGAGCUGAAAUCCUCUAUUGAAAAGGGAAUUGAAUUUGCGAACAAGAGUUAA